AUGGGCAGCCUUAGUCGUGUGACUUUGCCGGUGCUGCUUCUACUCUGCUUGAAAGGCCUUGGCUUUCAGACCUUCGUAUCGUUCCUAUCAUAUCCUGCUGGAUUUGACAAAGUCCUUACUACCCAACGAAGAGCUCAAGAUAAAUGGCAGACGGAAGAUCCCUUUCAGCAGCGCGGAGGGGUGAUGACAACGGACCUCAGGAACUUCGAGGAAAGGACAUACUUCCAGGACACACGACCCAGACGAAGCUUUAAUGAAAGAAGAGGUAGGCCAGGUCGGAGAAAUUUCCGUGGAGAAAGAACCACUGAAAGAGGUGCAGGACGAAGUCCCAAGAGAAGUACAGAAAGAAAGGUGUGGAAAGACGAGUCCGUGAACGUCACAGAUCUCACUGAAGAGGAAAGAGAGGAACGAUUUAGAACUCAAAUCCAGAGCCCUGUUACUCUCACAACGUUCAUACAGAGGUCCAAGACUCCAGGAGAAUUCAUGUGGACCAUUACAGCUGCCAUGGAAGAGACAAUGCUGAAUCACAUCCACAUCGCAGCUGCCUUCAGCAAACUUGCAUCCUUGAAAAAAGCUACACCACUAGUGGACAAAAUCCGACGAAGUCCGACCCUGGUGCAAUUGGCAAAGCAAGCUGCUCGGGUCGCUGAUCGAAGGGAGUUCAGAGCACGAGAAAUUGCUACGCUGCUGAUGUCCUGUGCUGCUUUGAGAGUGGACUUGCCAUGGAUCUCGGAGGAAUUGGGCUUGUCCCUAGCAAAGUGGGUUCCACAAACUGCUCAAGAUAUGAACCCACAAGCACUUUCCAAUACUGUCUAUGGAUUGGGUGUCUUGGACCUUGGUGAUUCUCCGGAGGUGUCUGCUGCAAUAGACCACUGCGCAACUAUGAUACCGACACAAUUGGGCCGUUUCUCCAGCAUGGAUGUGGCACAGGUCGCGUGGGGUAUCGGAGCACGAGAUGGUCGAGAAGACAGCAGCAAACUGAUGGAAGCUCUUGCAAGUUGGGUCACCGCAGAGGCUGCCAACCUGCCAGCGUUUGCAGCAAGUGUUGAUCUUCCAAUGAUUGCAGUGGCAUUUGUGCGAUUGCAGAACUGGCAGCCAGAGAUGAUGAAUGCAAUAGCUGCACGUUUUGUUGACCUUAAUGACCUUUCCCGACUUCGGCUUUGGAGCUUAGCUGCUUUGCUUUGGUCUUGGAGCCAUCCUUGUUCUCCCGCUUUGGAUGCAGAUUCAACUGAAGGCAUCGUCCACCCUGAUUCUUUCUCGGCUUCUCGUUUCUUGCAGAAGCUUAGGCCAGCAGAUGGAAGGAGACGCUGGGGAGAUGAAGAGAGCAUAGGACAGCAGCGACGACUUCUUUUGACCGAGGAUCUGGCGCUUCGUGCCCCUCGCCCAGCACUGCAUUUGCUGCGCCAGAAAGACCUGGACCAGGCCUUCGUUGACCUCGGAGAGCGCAUGUUCACAGAUGCCAUCUUUGUGCGCAAUGAACGGAUAGCCAGAGAACUUGGCGCAGCGUGGUCCCAGGAGAUGCUGCGACGCUGCGAGGAUGGCACUGUGGAACCUAAACAGCCCCCCACGGACCAGAAUGUGACGCUGAGCGGCGAGGUCUUUUGGUGCGACAGAGAUCGCAUAUCAGCUGGGUUGCUGGAGGCUGAAGGAUUGGCAGUUCGCUGCUUUGGGACGCCAGAGCAUCUUGUGGAGGUCUUCCUGCAGAGACCUUCCAACGUGCUGGGCAUUCUCACUUCGAUGAUGGAAAGAGAUGGCCGCAAGAACAGCAGGAAGAUGAAUGCCUUUGAUUUGUUCGCAGCAGUGCGGCGCAGGGGAGAGGAGUGGCAAAAAUUGCCAGUUCUUGGCCUCAUUUCUCUUUCAGCAGACCGAGAUGAGGCGAUAGCUGCAGGAGCAGACUUUGUAGUAUAUGGGGACCGCUUGAGAGCACAACAGCAGAUGUUGCGCCAUCUGAGAAAUAGACUCGGCCAAGCGAAAAUUGAGUGUGUUUGA